AUAGACGAAACCAGGUGUGUUCCUCUAGGUAGAGCCUUCCUAUGCGGCCCCAGAGAUCGGUCGGGGAUGGAGAGUGGGGCGCUCAUAUAAGACACCAAGCAAACGCCUCUCCCAGUGACCAGUCUCGACACGAAAACUCAUCAGCCGAGCUUCCUCGGUUCUCACACGACAACGCAGAGAAAGAGAGAGUAUAUACCCCAAGCAUAAACCGGAAUAUUUUGCUGAUUAGGGGUUGACAUUUCGCGUUAUCGUACACGUCAUUUUCUCAGGAUGUCGCAGCAGAUACUUCCGCUCGUCCUGGUGCUCUUGGCUGCGCAGGGCUCGCUGGGCCAAAAGCAACAACAGGAGGACCCGUGCCAGACAAAAUCGCGAGUGGUAGGCGAUGCUGAGUACUGCGAUCGCUAUUGGGAAUGCGUGAACGGUCGCCCAGAGCUGUUCGACUGUCCGAAUGGUCUCGUGUUCGCCGGCAAGCAUCGCGGUGUCACCGAGGGCUGCGAUUAUCCAUGGCGUGCGAACUAUUGUGACAGCAAACGCCAGGCAAAUCCGCCAAUCCCGACCGAGCACUGCGACUGGUUAUAUGGAAUCUUUGGUCACGAAACUUCCUGCACCAGGUACUGGACUUGCUGGAACGGCACCGCCACCGAGCAGCUCUGUAUAGGUGGUCUGCUCUAUAAUGAACGGGCUAGAUCCUGCGACUGGCCCGAGAACGUCGAGGGAUGCCAGAAGCAUCCACUUUGCAACGAUGACGCGAACGGCAACGUGCCUCUGGGCAAGUCGUGCAACCGUUACUGGCAGUGCCAGGGUGGUUACCCGCGGUUGCAGCGCUGCCCGGCCAUGCUGGUGUUCGACAGGCGGUCGUUGAGGUGCGUGGUACCACCGACGGAGGACUGCGAUGUUCCCACGACACCGCCGCCCACCGAGGGCGAGUUGCCCGAUGGACGCAACGAGCAGGAACCUGAGGAGGAGAAUCUGCCGCCUGGCGUGCCACCUCUGCCAUCGGGUGCCCUGCCGAUUCCUUUACGGGCGCGUCCCAGAAACUAAAGUCGUAGCAAGCGUCCUGUUCGAUCUGGAAGGACGAAGGAAGCACCAGGAGACCCUUUUCGACGAGUGAGAUCCCAGAGAUCGUCGAUCAAUGCGGAGAGCUUGAGAAGUUCUCUUGUCAAGUCUCAGAUUCUCGCGUGAUUUUGCAGUUCCGCAAUUUUAUAAUUUUAGAAUUUUCAUAGGAUUACAUUUUUGAGAUUUUUUUAAUUCUUAGAUCUUUUUUAAUGUCUCGAAAUUAUCCUGCAUGUCAGAGAAAUUGAAGUCCCGCGAUUCCUCAAAGAAAAGUUCCGUUCUUUCUCGUAGAUAAAAUCUUUAUUUUAUCUUCAUCACAAGAAUUUGAUUUUCAGAUACGCUAUUUUAUAUGUAAAAUUCAAAUUUGAGUAAAAGUGAGAGUGGCAACUGCCUAUAAUUACACGGUCCGGUUCAUCCCAAUUAAUGAGCAACAAUUUAUUUUAAUUAAUUCAGGUAAUAAGAAAUGAAAAGUUUAUCAAUUAAAUGAAUUAAUUUAUGAUCUAAGAUAAUGAAAAAUUGAAUAAAACUUUCUAAUCUUAAGAAAGAUAAAAAUUCUAAAUGACACUUGAAUAUUUUUAUAAAUUUAGAAAGACUGGAAUAAAAUUAACUAAGCAUGUUAUAAAGAUUAAUUUAAAAAAUUUCAGACAAUCUCUUAAAAAUAUCAAAGAAAACAGAAAUUGCAAAAGAAAAGUAAUAUCGAAAUAAAUUAAUUUGAUAAAAUAUAUAUAAAUGUAGGAUUGUUUUUAAUGAAACAGAAGUUUAAAAUAAAAAUGAGGAACUAUUUUCAAGGACCGAGACAUCCAUCGAUCCGUCCAUAUCUUUGACCGAUCGAGCUCUUCUUCCUUUUCAAUGGAGGUUCGUAUUAUUAACUGAUAAAAUGUUGAACAUCUCGUUUUUUUCGGUUUUUUCUUGGACCGUUCACCAUUCGCAUCAGUCGAGAUGUAAAUAUUGUAUUUUCCCCGUUCCUGUCACCCCUUUUUCCUUCCCCAUCCCGUGCUCUCGUAACAAUAAGGCUCGUACCACGUAUAUGUAGAUCAAUUGAAAUAAACUGUACGUUGUAUAUUUUUUA